AUGAAAAGACUGCAGUCCUUUCGCUAAUCCUUUUCUAUCCUUCUUAUCUCGGGACUCAUAGCAGUCUGAUCGCUAUGGGACAGCGAAGCCGUGGGACAAAACCGUGCAAAUGAUAUUUCAGUAAAUGACAAACGCAAGUCUGUUUGGCUUCAGUGGGUGCUGACUGGGUGCAUGCAGGCUAGCUGUGCAGUGCACGCAUAAAAGUGGGCCAAAAAUGUUCCUCGCAUUCGUCUUGGGACUCUACCUGGCGACAGGUGCGCUACCCUCCUCGGUGAGCGCGUGCCCGUCACAGUGUAGCUGUUUUUUUCACAACCUAAGUGAUGGAUCUAUGGCCAGGAGUGUAAUUUGCAAUGACCCCGAGAUCUCCAUUGUGCCUGCCAGUUUCCCCGUGGACACGUCCAAGCUGCGAAUCGAGAAAACAGCCAUCCAUCGUAUCCCGAGCGAAGCCUUCAGUUACCUCCCCAAUCUGGAGUUCCUCUGGAUGUCCUUCAAUGUGCUGUCCUCUCUCAAGCCGGACAGUUUCCGUGGGAUGCUAAAUCUGGAGGAGCUGCGACUGGAUGGGAAUGCCCUCACCGCGUUCCCCUGGGAGUCUCUUAUGGAUAUGUCCAGCCUCACGCUGCUCGACUUGCACAACAACCAGUUGACCUCAGUUCCCGCAGACGCCACAAUUUAUUUAAAAAACCUGACCUACCUGGAUCUGUCCAGCAACAACCUUCUGACUGUUCCAGCUGAGGUGCUCGCCACCUGGCUAACAGUUAAACCUGUGCAGGGCCCAGAGAACUCCAAAAUUAUACUUGGUCUCCAUGACAACCCCUGGCUGUGUGACUGUCGCCUGUAUGACCUGGUCCAGUUCCAGAAGUUGCCAACGUUCUCUGUGGCAUUAAUCGACACACGCCUCCGCUGUGCAGCCCCCGAGAGCCUGUCAGGUGUUCUGUUCAGCGAUGCCGAGCUGCGGAGGUGCCAGGCGCCACGCGUCCACACAGCGGUGGCACACGUCCGCAGCGCCGUGGGAAACAACGUGCUGCUGCGCUGCGGGACCAUUGGCGUUCCCAGCCCGGAUCUGGCCUGGCGCAGGGCGGAAGGGAAAGCCCUGAACGGGACAGUCCAGCAGGAGAACUCCAAGGAAGGCAUUAUCUGGUCCAUCCUCAAAUUCCCAGCCGUGUCCUACCGUGACUCAGGGAAGUAUGUCUGCAAGGCCACUAACUAUGCCGGAAAUGCAGAGACCAUCAUCUCCCUGGUUGUCUCUGAUGCUCCCCCAAAACCCGACAAUAACAACAACCAAACCAGCGUGGUUGCUGCUACUGUAAAAAAAAACAAAGUCAACAAACCCAACGGGAUGGGGAAGGCGGCAUACCAGGAGAAACUGGUGGAUAGAUUACUGGUUCCCACCCCCAACCCUCAACCCCCACCUGCUGUUGUGGACUCCAGCCCUGAGCCUGAAGGUGUGGUAGUGGGAAGUGUGGCAGAUAGAGCCACCCCUGGACCAGCCAAGUUGCCCAGUCCAGACGGACUCCUGGAGCUGGAGAAGACCAACCUGAGCAACCUGGCCCAGGCCCAGUAUGACCCGGACCGGAUAGUUCGCUCGGUCAAGGUGUUGGGCGAUACGGAGAACACCAUCACCCUGAACUGGCGGGCGCCCAAGGCCAAGAACACCACAGCCUUCAGUGUGCUCUAUGCCGUCUUCGGCGAAAGAGACAUGCGCAAGAUCAACGUGGCAGCAGGUCAGAAUCGGGUCUUCAUCGAGGGCCUGGUGCCCAAGACUAAGUACAUUGCCUGCGUGUGUGUCCGGGGCCUGAUCCCCAAGAAGGAGCAGUGUGUCAUCUUCUCCACCGACGAGGCGGCCAGUGCCGCUGGCACCCAGAAGCUCAUCAACGUCAUCGUGAUUACUGUGGCUUGUGUCAUUGCUGUGCCACUCACCGUAAUCGUUUGCUGUGGUGCGCUCAAGAGGCGUAUCCAGAAGAUUUGGGGCAAGAAGUCCAAGGACAUCCAGGACUCGUAUGUGACUUUUGAGACGCUGUCCCCCGGAACCAAGGCUAAAGGGUUGGAGGGUGAGUACCUGACCAGACUCAAUCCUGAGGAGUCCAACCGGCUGCUGUCGGCCCGAUCCAGUCUGGACUCUGAGGCCACAGCAAAGAUAGAGGGUCAGCCCAACGAGUACUUCUGCUGACUUCAUGAUCCAGCUCCCUCCCCAUGCCAUCUCCCACACUCACUCCCUCUGGCUCAACACAUCUCCACACACACAACUCCUCUACAGCAUAGCCCCAGACACACACAUCAUCCCCAUCAUAGCCCCAGACACACACAUCAUCCCCAUCAUAGCCACACACACACACCUCAUCUUCAUCAUAGCCACACACACACACAUCAUCCCCAUCAUAGCCCCACACACACACCCCAUCUUCAUCAUAGCCCCGCACACACACCCCAUCUUCAUCAUAGCCCCGCACACACACCUCAUCCUCACCAUUGCUCCACACACACUCCUCUCCUUCACCAUAGCUCCACACACAAACCUCAUCCCCACACACCUAAUCCUUUCUCUCAGCCUCACCAAAGCCACCCACACAUAUCCUAUACUCUCCCUCACUGUCAGCCCAGUCCUACACACACAUCUCAUCUUCACCAUAGCCCCAGACACAUACAUCGUCCUCACCCCAACCACAGCCCCACACACACACCUUGUCGAAAUGCUCAUCACAGUCCAACAGACAUAUCUGCUUGUCCUACUUUCUCUCACCGUGUUCCCCCCCACACACACAGGGCACAGGACUCUCCCCCACCUCUCCCAUCAUGUUGGGUGCCACCAUAUCGGGGGUUCUAUGAGAGGAUGCUUGGACGAUGCACCAUCAUGGAAAUAUCCGUUUAAAGGAGUUUUGACAUUUUUAUCCUUAAUUUUUUUACAUCUGAAAUGUAUACUAUUUCAACAGAGAGAAUGCUAAUGAUGUAAUUUAUUUUUACACUUCUGGGGGAUUAUCAGUUGUAAAUGAGCCCUCAAAUGAGCCCUACAGAUAGUAUUUCAUUUAAAUACAUUUAUCAUAGUUAAGUUAAGUAAAAGUCUGAAAGAAGGAUAUCUGGGCCAAUAUUUAUUAUUCUCAAAGGAGUGCUGCUCUAGGAACACUAGCCUUUUGGAUCAUAAUAAAUGAGAAAACAUGGACAUAGGGGACCUGGGGCCAUAUCCACAAAGUGUUCCAGAAUAGGGCCUAGGAAUCCUGUUAAAACCCGUUUUAAGCCAAUAAUUUAAAAAAUCCCAGCUCAGAUUAGGUUUAAACUCUGAGCCAGGACGAAAAUCAACUCAUAAAAGUUUAUCUCAACUGGUAAUUACACAAAGAAAAUAUAGUCAUGACACUCAUUGACAUUAUUGCAAAUUGGGGGAAUAACCAAUCACGUGUCACCAUCUAUGAAAUCUAUAGCACACAGUAACACACACCCCCACAGUGUCUGUCACUGUACAUCAAGUAAUAUGAAUUUGAAAUUAUUUUCAAAAAUGCAAGAGAUACUGGUGCAGGUACUUCUAGAUAAUUUAUGGGUUGCUUAUAUAAAAAUAUCAAAACAUUCUUUCAUCAACUCCAAAGCAAUUUUCUGUAUAGCUAGUUAGGACCGCACAUAUGAUCUCCUAAAUAUCUGUCGACUAGGUAGGACUCUUCCCACUGGGCACAGGCGUCAAUUCAACAUCUAGUUUUGAUUUAAUUUUGGUUGAGUUGUCACCUAACUUGAAUUGAACAAAAAAUGGCACCAUGUCAUUGGAUUUAGGUUAGGUGAAAAAGAGUUGGGUGAAAAAAAAUACAAAAUUCCCUUACGUUGACCACUUCAUCUCAUUUCUUUGUUGAAAUGAUGUGGAAACAACACUGAUUCAAUCAGUUUUUGCCCAGUGGAUUAUGACUAAAAUGGCUUCAUGCAUAGAUUUGUGGAUACAGCCCCUGAUUCUAGAUUAGAACUCCUACUCUGAAGGGCUUUAUGAAUCCUGGCCCUGGGCCCGAAUCCAAAAAGCAUCUCCGAAAAGGUAAUAGGAAUCCUGUUAUUUUAUUUAACCUUUAUUUUAACAUGGAAGACAUAUUGAGUCCUAGGUCUCUUUUACAAAUGUGCCCUGUAUAUACAACCUAAAUAUACACAUUAUACCAAAACUAUACAGUAUCAGUCAAAAGUUUGGACACCUACUCAUUCCAGGGUUUUAAUUCAUUUUUACUAUUUUCCACAUUGUAGAAUAAUAGUGAAGAUAU